AUGUGUUGUUGUGAAGUGUACUGCUUUGCAGGGAAGUCGUCGAUUACACUGCGCUUUGUGUAUGGCAGUUUUCCUGAUGCAUAUGACACGACGAUCGAAGAUAUUCACUCGAAGCAGCACAAAUUCAAUGGGCGACAGUUCGCAUUACAAAUAACCGAUACUGCUGGCCAGCAAGAAUAUUCGUUGUUUCCUCGAAGCUGUGCGAUCGAUAUCGAUGGCUACAUUUUGGUGUAUGCGAUCGAUGAUCGACGAUCGUAA